CUAAUCGAACCAGAGGGUUGACUAGGUCUAACUUGAAAAAAACAAAUUGCGGCAAGUCUUCUUGCUCACGGUUCGUCGUCUCCGGUCAUCGUGACUCAUCGUGGCAACUUCAAAUCCGACUCUUCGCGACUGAGCUAUUGUAUUUAUACGCAUCGUACCUGAAAAGUUCUCUCUUUACACUCACCUCCUGGAUGAGCCUCACCCAUGGAGAUCUCGCCAACCCCAACAACCGUCUACUUAGCUUACGCAACGCCUGCCGAAAAGCUCCUUCCUUUACGAGAACCAAAGCUCUCCACGCCCUUUCCAUCACGUUAUGGUACACCCUUUAUCAGCCCGUUUACAUCUGCAAUAACGUCAUCUCCCUUUACGUGGAGCUCGGCGAGAUAUCUCGUGCAGCCAAGAUGUUCGAUAGAAUGCCUGAGAGAAACACAGCUUCCUUCAACACGGUCAUUAGCGGGUUUAGCAAAUCCGGGCACGCGGAGAAAGCUUGGCGCGUGUUUUCUGAGAUGAGGGAGUUUGGGUUUUCGCCGAAUCAGUUCACAGUUGGUGGUUUAUUGUCUUCUCCAUCGUUGGAUGUUCGUGUUGGAACUCAGUUGCACGGUUUGAGCUUGAAGUAUGGGUUUUUUAUGGCGGAUGCAUAUGUAGGUACUAAGCUGCUGUGUUUGUAUGGGAGGUUUGAGUUACUGGGAGUGGCGGAACGGGUGUUUGAAGACAUGCCGUUGAAGAGCUUGGUGACGUGGAACCAUAUGAUGUCUUUGUUGGGGCGUGGUGGUUUCUUGAAAGAAUGUAUGUUUCUCUUCCGUGAGCUUGUUGGGACAGGGGAAUAUUUGUCAGAAAGCUCUUUCUUGGGUGUGUUGUCAAGUGUAUCUUGUGAAAAUGACUUGGAAACUAGCAAACAAUUGCAUUGCUCAGCUAUUAAAAGAGGGUUAGAUUGUGAUACUCACAUCGUUAACUCUCUUAUCAGUGCAUAUGGAAGAUGUGGCAACACAAAUAUGGUAGAGAGAGUGUUUGAGAAGGCAGUUUCAUGGGAUAUAGUGUCAUGGAACGCUAUAAUUGGCGCAACAGCCAAAGGUGAGAGCCCUCUAAAAGCACUCAGACUCUUUGUAAGUAUUCAAGAGCAUGAGUUUUCCCCGAACCAAGGUACUUACGUCAGUGUUCUUAGCGCCGCUUCUCGUACGCAGACGUUGAGUUUCGGACACCAGAUUCAUGGCACCUUGAUCAAGAAUGGCUGCGAGACUGACACGUACUUGGGGAACGCAUUGAUAGACUUUUAUGGUAAAUGUGGUAGUCUGGAAGAUUCACGCCUAUGCUUCGACUCUAUACCUCAUAAGAACAUUGUUUGUUGGAAUACACUGCUUUGGGGUUACGCCAAUAAAGACGAUCCAGUUACUCUCUCAUUGUUUCUCCAAAUGGUUCAAACGGGUUUCAGACCAACUGAAUAUACACUCGCGACAGCUCUCAAACCUUGUUGUGUCAUAGAGUUACAACAGCUGCACUCUGUUAUUGUGAGAAUGGGAUAUGAAGACAACGACUAUGUGUUAAGCUCUCUUAUGAGAUCCUACGCUAACAAUCAGCUGAUGAACGAUGCUCUUCUUCUGCUGGAUUGGUCUAGCGAGCCUUCUUCCGUCGUCCCACUGAACAUUGUCGCUGGAAUAUAUAGCAGAACAGGGCAGUACAACGAAUCCGUAGAGCUGAUCUCGACGCUAGAGCAACCCGACACUGUAUCUUGGAACAUUGCUAUUGCGGCUUUCUCUCGUUCUGAUAAUAGGCACGGAGAGGUUGUUGAACUUUUCAAACACAUACUCCAAGCAAACAUCCGCCCUGAUAACUUCACAUACGUUAGCAUCUUAAGCAUUUCCUCUAAGUCCUGCGACUUGGCGCUUGGAAGCUCUAUCCACGGCCUAAUCACAAAAACAGAUUUCAACCGCGCCGACACAUUUGUCUGCAACGUGUUGAUUGACAUGUAUGGGAAAUGCGGCAGCCUUACGAGCGCAAUCAGAGUGUUUGAAGAAACAAGAGAGAAGAACGUCAUUACAUGGACGGCGUUGAUCUCGUCUCUUGGCAUUCAUGGAUAUGGACGUGAGGCAUUUGAAAAGUUUAAGGAAAUGGUGUCUCUGGGGUUUAAGCCGGACCGUGUCUCUUUCAUCUCUAUGCUAUCUGCUUGCAGACAUAGUGGUAUGGCAAAAGAAGGAAUGGAGUUGAUUUGGAAGAUGAAGGAUUAUGGAGUUGAACCAGAUAUGGAUCUUUAUUGUUGCGCCGUUGAUCUUUUGGCUAGAAACGGGUACGUGAGGGAAGCUGAGCAGCUGAUUUCUAGAAUGCCUUUCCCUGCAUAUGCUCCUGUUUGGCGUACUUUUCUUGAUGGUUGGAAUAGAUGUGCAUAAGAGAGCGGAGAAGUUAAAAUUUCAGGAGAAUUCGUUUUUGUUUUUCUCUAGUUGUUAAAAGUAGGUGAAGGCAGCAACUCGUCCUAACCGAGAUGGUAUUUUAAAAUUCAAUUUAUACUAUUUAAA